AUGGACAAGGAAGAUGCACCAACAAACGACUUCGUUUCGACUGCGCUAUCAAAAACACGAAGUCUUUCUGAAGUUCAUAGCCAGAAAGCGACUUCACUAAUAAGAGGUGUCUCUUGGGGAAGAAAGAUUAGUAGAAGAUUGGUGGACCAUCGGCAACAAGGUUGGCGAACCUGUGAGCUCCUCAUCCAUCCAUCCAUGACACAUUCUGUCUCAGCUGAAUCAAAGGCCUUUUUUAAGUCGAGAAAGAAGAAGAAACUCGGUAACUCGCAAAUAGAGCUUUUCUAUUUGCGAGCUGUAUUGGUCUAUAUAGAAAGCAUCGACUUCUUCGUACUCUGA